AUGAAGUUUCAGAUCUUGAUGGCAAAGAGCGACAUAGGAUCCAAGCCUGAUGGCCUGCCUGGUGAACUACUGUCCACCAUGGAAGGCCUCAAAGCAAGCAAGCAGGAACUCACAUCACAUCUACAAAUAUCAAGAGAAAAUGAGCAAAAGGUUCUCAAGCAGCUGGAAGAGCUGAGGUCAGCCUUAGAUACGUCCAAGGCAGAAGUGCAGCAGCUGCAUUGGAAACUUCAGGAGCAGGAAGAGCAGGUGGCACAAUGUGAGACCCUGGAGGCUGAAAACCUUCAGCUCAAAGCUGAACUUGAGCAGCAGCCAGCAAAACAUGCACGAAGGCCAUCGAUGGGCAGGCUCAGCAAUAAUGACGAGAGAGGCUUGGACACAGUUAUAGCCAACCUCCAUGAGCAGAACUCAGAGGUGCAGCACAAGAAUAAAGAGCUGGCCGUGGAGGUUGAACAGCUGAGAGUGCAGCUGGGAGAGUUGCAGUCUCAGAAAAGCAGUUGCCAGCGCGCUCUGGGUGAUCUGAAAGCUGAGCUGCAGGGCUGCCAGCAGGACCUCCAAUGUGUGUCAGAGGAACGAGACAGCCUGGGAGCUAUGGUAAACGAACUGCAGCAACAGCUCGACGGGUUGUCAUCUGCAGGGACGGCCCGGCUCAGGAUGUCGAUUUUCAGGCUGGAGGCGGACGUCUCACGCCUUGCUGCUGACAAUGAGGUCUUGACCACACAGUUGAGGGCAGUGAGUGCCCAGGUGGAUGAGGACCUGGCGGGUGUGCCCAUACGAAGCGGUGGUGCACAGGAUUCUGUGCUGGAGUACACUGAGUCAGAGGAAAACAGGUCUCCGUUUGAGAAGGUCAUUUCACAAGCAACGCAAGAGUCUGAGAAGCUCGUGGAUUUGUCUGAGUUGCUGAUGGCAGAGAUGGUGGAGAUCGCUGGGAGUGGCCGAUGUGAGAGGCUGGGGCUCUCUCUGUCGCGUGUCCAGUAUGCUGGGCUACUGGCUGCCAUUCAGAAGGCCAUUGAGGAGGUGGAUGCAGCCAAGCAGAAGUCCAUUCUGGGUGGUGCUGAUAAGUUUGCAGUGUUGGACCGAUCGCUGAGCAAUUCUCUUUCAAUAUCAGGCACCCCCCGGGAAUUCAAUGGAGGCCUCAUUGCUGCGCAUCUUGGCGAAAUUGAGAAGAUGGCAGCAGACAGGGCAGCAUGUGUUGAAGAGUUGAGUAGGAUGACCACGGAACUGAAGUCGGAAGUUCGAGAUGGAGCCGAUCUCACUGUGCAUCAAGAGAUGCGGAUGGAGUACCUGCUGCAACAGCUCUCAUGCCCGGACAAGGUGAUAAAAUUAUCGUGGCAAGUUGAACACCUGAAAAAGUGUGUUGAGUCCUCGCAAAGGGAAGUGGAAGCACUGAAAGAAUUGAAUGAACAACAGCAGCAGGAGCUUGCCAUCCAAUGGGAGAAGAGGCAGCAGGCAAUGGCAGAAAACCGUGUGCACCACAGCCAGGCAUCCGUGGUGUCAGAGCAGUAUGAAAAUCUCAAGGAGGCAACCGACAGUCUUACUCUUGAGAAACAUGAGCUUGAAGAAGAAUUGAAAUGUGUCAGCAGAGAGCUCCAAAGUGUGCGCAGUUCUUGUGGCAAUGGUCACGAGUCAGUGCAUCAGCAACUUGCCAGACUCCAAGCUGAGCUGACCGUGGCUGAGACUGAGUCUCAACAAGCACAAGAAAGAGAGCAGAAGUACAAGCAGAAGGUUGUGGACCUGCAACAGAUGACAGAGGGGGCCUUUAGAUUCUUGCAGGAUGCUCUCCAACAAUGCAGUUCUCUGAGCCAGUGGCAGCGAGAUAUGCGCAAUCUGACUGAUCAGCUGGGGUUGGAAGUUGGCAGCAUGCUUACACACUGUGAAUCCAUCCAUAAUAUCACAAGCUGCAGAGAGGUCGAUUUGGAGACGCUGAAAAUCCACAAAGAGCGCCUGGAACAAGACAAGUUGGGAUUGCAGAGUGAGAGGAAUUCGUCCGCGGAAACUCACAAGGAAGAGGCAGGCUCCCUUCAAGGCACAGUGGCAGCUCUUGAGAAGAAACUUUCUGAGCAGAACAAGACCAGCAAAGUUGCUGGCAUGCAACAGGAGAUAUCAGACUUGCAGGAACGGGCAGUGCAUCUGGAAAGUGAGGUUGAGGCAGCAGAGCGGAAAUGGCAAGAGGAAACAGAUGCCCUCCAAACAAGAAUCGAUCUCCUGGACAAGGGGAGAUCAAACCUUGAGAAGCAUGCACAAGACAAGGAGAAAGAAAUUGAAGAGAUGAAGAGUAGAUUGUCUGCUGCUGAGGUCGUGGCCAUUCAGGAAAAGGACCUGGCAGCGAAUGAGCUGCAAGCCAUCACAGCCAAGCACAAGGAAGACUUGGAUGCUGUGAAUCGGCAGCUAGCAGAGGCAUUGGAUGAGAAAAAAGAAGCUCAAGCCAGUGUGGCGUUGCUUCAAGAGAAGGUAGCGCAUUUGGAAUCUACAGUAGCAGCACAAGCAAGUCUCUGUGAUGAAGUUCGGCACCUGACAGACAGUCUAUCAGCCACAAAGGAGGAGUGCCAGGCCAAGAGUGAGCAAUUGGCUGCUGCGUGUGCAGCUUGUGACGGACUUGAAGAGGAGGUGUCUUCCUUGCGCUUUAUUAUCAGCAGACUGGAAGACAAGUUGGCAUCUUCUGUGGCUGAGUGCCAAAGAGCAAAUGAAGCACUGACCGCCGCUAGGGAGCAGUACGCAGAUGCAGCUCGUUUAUGGCAGGAAGAACUUGAUGCAUUGGGGGAAGAGGCAGCGAACAGGAGCAUCUGGCCCAAGGCUGUGCGUGAGCUUGUUGAACGAAGUGAACGAAAUGCAAAGAAUUCAGCCCUAGCCUCUGCAAAAGAGAAGCUGGAGACUCUGCGAUGUGAACUGCAUGACGAGCGCAGCCGCUACAAGGGGCAGGAGGCAAAGAACGAGGAGAGAGUGUUGGAGGCUGAAACAGCCCGCCAGACUGCGGAGGUCAGGGUGCGGCAGCUUGAGGGAGAGAUGAAUGAACGGGAGCAACUGCUGCAAGCAAGAGUGGCUGAAGCAGAGGAUGCAGCCCAAAUAAGACAAGCAGAGCUUGAUGGCCAGGUUUGGAGCCUGAAAGAAAGCCUCAAGUCACUGGAGGACAGCAGUCAGCAACAGAUUUCCUCUUUGACAAGCAAAUUGCGAGAGAGUGAGGCCAAGGUGGCCAAUGUGCAGGAGAGGGCAAGGGUCAUGAUGGCAGAGAAGGACGGUGAAGUCCGCCAGCUGAAAGAUCGUCUCCAUGAAGCUGCAGUGCCCUUGGAUGGCCCAUCCCCUCUGCACCAAGUGGCACCUAUCAAUGUGCUGGACAUCAUACCCUUGCCAACUCAGGGCACAGCACAAGGACCAUCUGCAAGUCUGCCGCCCCCGGACACACUGCAGGCGUCCAGGGAAAUAGCAGCCACCAAUGGAGAUCCAGGUGCUGACUGCUGGGAAGGCACGUUGUCCAUGGAAGGCAGUGAUGAGGAAGCAGUGGCAUCUUCUGCAGUUAGAGAUCGUGCAGUCUCCAUUCCAGUAGUCUUUGAGGGGUCUGACGGCAUGGGCCCAGUUGCGAUAUCUGCCGCAGAUAGUGGGAGCCCGCUGAGUAUGGUCGAAAGGCUGAAGAGUGAGGUGGAGCACCUCAGGGAGCAGGUGCAGCAACUCUUGCUGGAUGCAGAAGACAGUGAGCGCACGCAUGUGCUGCGGGACAAGGCCAACGAAGUCCUGAAGCAAGAGAUCGCGGAACUGCAGCGGUCUACCUCAAGGGACACAGUGGACAAGGGUUACCUGAAGAAUGUGCUUGUCUCUGCGUUUGAAAAGGGAACGCUCUCCAGCGACAGCCCCAUGGUGGAAGUCCUGUCACGGCUGCUGUCAUUCAGCCCUGAGGAGGUGCAGCGGAUACAGAAUGGGCGUAAAAGCGCCUCCCUGGCACCCUCCGGUUCCAAAGAACGCACAUUCUUUGAGUGGGCUGGGCUUGCCUGA